AGGAAGCUUCGUCUCAAUUUUUGCAACUGGCAACAACGGUUUCUACGAAAUGUCUAUUGUUAUUUUCACUAAGUUGUCAUUGUUAAUAUAUGGUCCUAUGCGCAAAAGGUCAGAUAGCUCUAGAAAUAGUCGUUUUUCGUGUGAAAUUUUUGCGCAAAAUUAUGGCGACCAAGUAUACUGAGACGGAAAACAUGUUCCUAGUCCAGAUGAUAGCUCAGCACAGGGUAAUAGCAGAAAAUAAAAAAACAGACGCUGUAUCACUGAAGGAGAAACAGGCUGCUUGGAAUAAAAUUCAAUGUUCCUAUUGUAGUCCGAGCUUUCCAACUAAAAGCGUGAAAGAGUUAAAAAAGUGUUGGGACAAUAUAAAAAAGAAAAAAAGGCAGCAGAAUACAUUAGCCCGACAAAAUAGGUUGUUAACGGGAGGGGGUUCUCCUAAGGAGGUCACUUCUGAUCCUGUUACGGAUUUUCCGGGGAGUGCUUUUCGAGCAAUAGAUGUUGAAUUGAGGAACGACUGGGACAGCACAGCUGCUUUCGAAAAAAAAAAUUUGUCAUUCCCGUUAGCUACAAAGGGCAAUGAUGCAGUGAUGGAUAACCGAACCUCACUGUCCCCACUGAAUGAUGAAAGCAGCCACUGUGCACCGCUACCAUGUCAGCCUUCAACGAGUGCAUCUAUGGAGGCUGUGCCUGAACAGCUCACUCCAGCACCUGUUGUUCAAAAAGCACUCCAUCUGUCCAACAGGCGAAUGCUAUCCAAGCGCACAUGUAGCUGUAACGACGAGCUAAUUCAGCUGCAAAUUAAAAAAGUGAAAGACGGCAUUGACCAACAACGGGAGUUGCACGAAAAGCGGAUGGAAGCAGCGAAUGCUGAAGCCAGACUAGCUAUGGUUCGUUUGCGGAAGAAGAGCUGA